AUGCAGCCCAGCGCCCUCUCCCCACAGGUGCCGCCCAGCGCCCUCUCCCCACAGGUGCUGCCGAGCUCCCUCUCCCUACAGAUGCAGCCCAGCGCCCUGUCCCCACAGGUGCCGCCCAUCGCCCUCUCCUCACAGGUGCCGCCCAGCGCCCUCUCCUCACAGAUACUGCCCAGCGCCCUCUCCUCACAGGUGCCGCCCAGCUCCCUCUCCUCACAGGUGCCGCCCAGCGCCCUGUCCCCACAGGUGCCGCCCAGCGCCCUCUCCUCACAGGUGCCGCCCAGCUCCCUCUCCUCACAGGUGCCGCCCAGCGCCCUGUCCCCACAGGUGCCGCCCAGCGCCCUCUCCUCACAGGUGCCGCCCAGCGCCCUCUCCCCACAGGUGCCGCCCAGCUACCUCUCCUCACAGGUGCCGCCCAGCGCCCUGUCCCCACAGGUGCCGCCCAUCGCCCUCUUCCCAAAGGUGCCGCCCAGCGCCCUCUCCCCACAGGUGCCGCCCAGCGCCCUCUCCUCACAGGUGCCGCCCAGCCCCCUCUCCUCACAGGUGCAGCCCAGCUACCUCUCCCCACAGAUGCAGCCCAGCGCCCUCUCCUCACAGAUGCAGCCCAGCGCCCUCUCCCCACAGGUGCAGCCCAGCGCCCUCUCCCCACAGACGCCGCCCAUCUCACUCUCCUCACAGGUGCCGCCCAGCGCCCUCUCCUCACAGGUGCCGCCCAGCGCCCUCUCCCCACAGACGCCGCCCAUCUCACUCUCCCCACAGAUGCAGCCCAGCGCCCUCUCCCCACAGAUGCCGCCCAGUGCCCUCUCCUCACAGGUGCCACCCAGUGCCCUCUUCCCACAGGUGCUGCCCAGUGCCCUCUCCCCACAGGUGCCACCCAGUGCCCUCUUCCCACAGGUGCUGCCCAGCUCCCUCUCCUCACAGGUGCCACCCAGUGCCCUCUUCCCACAGGUGCCGCCCAGCUCCCUCUCCUCACAGGUGCAGCCCAGCGCCCUCUCCUCACAGAUGCCACCCAGCUCCCUCUCCUCACAGGUGCCACCCAGUGCCCUCUUCCCACAGGUGCCGCCCAGCUUCCUCUCCUCACAGGUGCAGCCCAGCGCCCUCUCCCCGUACAUGCAGCCCAGCGCCCUCUCCUCACAGAUGCAGCCCAGCUACCUCUCCCCACAGAUGCAGCCCAGCUACCUCUCCCCACAGAUGCAGCCCAGUGCCCUCUCCCCACAGAUGCAGCCCAGCUCCCUCUCAGCCCACCACCCUCUCCCCACAGAUACAGCCCAGCGCCCUCUCCUCACAGAUGCAGCCCGGCGCCCUCUCCUCACAGAUGCAGCCCGGCGCCCUCUCCUCACAGAUGCAGCCCAGGUACCUCUCCCCACAGGUGCAGCCCAGCGCCCUCUCCUCACAGAUGCAGCCCAGCGCCCUCUCCCCACAGAUGCAGCCCAGCGCCCUCUCCCCACAGAUGCAGCCCAGCGCCCUCUCCCCACAGAUGCAGCCCAGUGCCCUCUCCCCACAGAUGCAGCCCAGUGCCCUCUCCCCACAGAUGCAGCCCAGCGCCCUCUCCUCACAGAUGCAUCCCGGCACCCUCUCCUCACAGAUGCGUCCCGGCACCCUUUCCACAUAGAUGUAGCCCAGCACCCUUUCUGGCUCCGCAUCACCCUUUUCCCUUAA